AUGAAGCUUGGUGUGUUGGCUACUGGUGCCGCCUAUGGCACCACAUUGCUCCCUUCUAGCCCUCAGCAGUGUUGCUCUGCUCUGCUGAAGGAGGCUGGUCUCUCCGAUCUUGUCGCCACAAAGAACCAGUCACUUUACAAUGAGCGAAUCGACUCCUACUGGUCGGUCAGUGCUGCCUUGCAUCCUGACUGCAUGGUAUUGCCCAAGACGCCCGAGGAUGUCUCGAAGGUCAUGAAGGUCAUCGCCAAGAACCAAUGCAAGUUCGGUAUUCGCGGUGGCGGCCAUGGCAACUUUAAGUUGUCCAACUCUGUCGAGGAGGGCAUUACAAUCGACUUUGGUUUUAUGAAUGGAACAUCGUACGACGAAGAGAAGAACGUCGUGAGUGUGGGACCUGGUGGCCAUUGGCAAGAUGUCUACGACACUCUUAUCCCAUACGGCCUUGCUGUCGCUGGUGGUCGUGCUGGAACUGUUGGUGUUGGCGGUUUCGUCACAGGUGGAGGAAACUCCUUUUAUUCUGCGUCUCAUGGAAUGGCUUGUGAUACAGUGGCGGGUUGGCAGCUCGUCCUCGCCAAUGGUGAUAUCGUUGAAGCAAACGCCGAAUCCAAUGCUGAUCUCUGGCAGGCCAUGAAGGGUGGCUCUGGAAACCUGGGUCUGAUCACAAGAAUCGACAUGUAUCCCAUUGAGUUUGUCGACCGUAACAACCCUUCAAUCUGGGGUGGUAACCUUCUCUACAAGCCUGAGUCAGGCCCUGCAGUCAUCGAUGCCCUUAUUGAUUUCACCGCCAAUGUCCCCAAGGACGAAAACUCCAGCAGCAUCGUUUACUGGGCUUAUCUUCCCGCCUUAGCUGGUGGCACUAUUCUCAACGCAGCUAUAGAGAACACCAAGGGUGAGGUCAAGCCCCCUGCUUUCGACAGCUUCUAUGCCAUCCCUGAUAUUCAAGGUGACACCACUGUCACUGAAAAACUUAGCAAGGUCACCAAGGAUCUUGGUUCAGGUCAACCUCCCCACUUCCGCAACGUCUGGUUCACAAGCUCCUUCAAGCCCAAUGCUGAACUCCUGAACUAUGUCGUUGAGAAGUAUGACGAGCUCAACCAGGCCCUUGAGGCUCUCAUGCCUAGUGCCGAGUCAGAGCUCAACACACUCUGCAUGUUCCAACCCAUCACCAAGUCCAUCGCCGAGAAGGGUGUCAAGAAUGGCGGCAACGUCAUGGGUCUAGACAAGUACACAGAGGACGGAGAUGGUAUCAUGUUCCUCCUCACCUGGGCUGCCAAGGGUGAGGCAAGCGAGGAGGCUGCUUUCCCUCUCCUCAAGGCUUACAUGGACGAUAUCGAGACCAAGGCAAAGGAGAUGGAUGCUUGGUGGGCUUGGAAGUUUAUCAACUACGCUCAUCUUACACAAGAUCCCCUAGCGACUAUUGGAGAUGAGGCUCUUGCCAAGCUUCGUGCUGCUAGCAAGAAGUACGAUCCUCAGGGUGUCUUCCAGAAGCUUCGAUCUUCUGGUGUCAAGAUUCCUUUUUAA